UUCUGUCUGUUGAAUGUUCUGUCUUUCUGAAUGUUGUGUCUGCUGAAUGUUCUGUCUGUUGAAUGUUCUGUCUUUCUGAAUGUUCUGUCUGCUGAAUGUUCUGUCUGUUGAAUGUUGUGUCUGUUGAAUGUUCUGUCUGUUGAGUGUUCUGUCUGUUGAGUGUUCUGUCUGUUGAAUGUUCUGUCUGUUGAAUGUUCUGUCUGUUGAGUGUUCUGUCUGUUGAAUGUUCUGUCUGUUGAGUGUUCUGUAUGUCUGAAUGUUCUGUCUGAAUCAUCUGCCUUUCUGAGUGUUCUGCACAUAUGCAGUAAUUAGGAAUUAGAACUCUGCAUGACUAGCAAAGUCCUACAAAAGACCCUGCUAGGAAGACAACAUUCCAGAAACUAAUCUGUAGUCUGAAGGCCGUUAGACCAGUGUCAUUGCUAGACCUUAAAUCAAUAACUUAAAAGAUUGAGUUGUCUGUUGUGUGUCUCAUUGUUUUGGCCCGGUGUAUCUAUCUGUCCUCUCUCUCUCGCUCUUUCUCCUCUCUAUCAUUACAAUCUCUCUGUCUCUCUCUCGUUUUCUAUCUUUCUUUCGUUCUUUCUUUCUUUCUUUCUUUCUUUCUUUCUUUCUUCCUCUCUCUUGCUAACCUCCAUCACGGGCCAUCUUCCUGCAGCUUGUUGUUCCAGUAGCUGGCACCUCUCUUAAUCCUGCACUCUGAUUGGAUGCUCACUGCUCAGGGCAUCCAGUCUACUGGGAGACGGUGGUGGUGUCAACCAAUGACAGGGAGUUCAGAUUAAAGAGUCAGGACUGAUCUACUCUAGAAAUAGAUUUUAUCUACGUCAGCUGCAGACAACAACUAGCGACAGGUCAGAUUUUUUUUUUUAAUGUGUUUUUGGUAGCAGCAACUGUAGUGCCAUUUUACCUUCAGACUUGAGUGACAGAGAGACACUGGUCGUAGGGAGUCUACAAUAACUAGUGAGAUGCCGUCCCCCACAGCUCAGGGUCUAGGCCCAGGUCAGGAGAAGAAGAUCGGCCACAGGAGAGUAGAUGCCUCUGGAGAGACCACCUAUAAGAAGACAACGUCCUCUGCCCUGAAAGGUGCCAUCCAGCUGGGCAUCAGCUACACGGUCGGCAACCUGAGCUCCAAGCCAGAGAGAGAUGUCCUCAUGCAGGACUUCUACGUGGUGGAGAGCAUCUUCUUCCCCAGUGAGGGCAGUAACCUGACUCCUGCCCAUCACUACCCAGACUUCAGGUUUAAGACCUACGCCCCCGUGGCCUUCCGCUACUUCCGAGAACUGUUUGGGAUCCGGCCAGAUGACUACCUGUACUCUCUAUGUAACGAGCCCCUGAUCGAGCUGUCCAACCCGGGGGCCAGCGGCUCCAUAUUCUAUGUAACCAGGGACGAUGAGUUCAUCAUCAAAACAGUCAAUGCCAAGGAGGCGGAGUUUCUGCAGAAACUACUUCCUGGAUACUACAUGAAUCUGAAUCAGAACCCGAGGACCCUGCUUCCUAAGUUCUUUGGUCUCUACUGCGUCCAGUGUGGUGGUAAAAACAUCCGUAUCGUGGUCAUGAACAAUGUGUUACCGCGCGCCGUACGCAUGCACCUCAAGUUCGACCUGAAGGGCUCCACGUAUAAACGCCGUGCGUCGAAGAAAGAGAGGGAGAAAUCGAAUCCCACCUUUAAAGAUCUGGACUUUAUAGCAGAUGUACCGGACGGACUGACACUGGAUCAGGAUACAUAUGGUGCUCUGCUUAAGACCCUACAGAGAGAUUGUCUGGUGCUAGAGAGCUUUAAAAUCAUGGAUUACAGUCUGUUGCUGGGGGUCCAUAACCUGGGCCAGGCUGGGAGAGAGUCCCAUGGCUCACCAGCAGGGGGCGAUGAGAAGAGACCUGUGACCCAGAGAGCCCUCUACUCUACUGCCAUGGAGUCUAUACAGGGAGGGAAGACGUGUAGAGACACACUAGACCACGAUGCUACAAUGGGUGGUAUUCCUGCUGUGGAUGGUAAAGGAGAACAACUCCUUCUUUUUAUUGGAAUCAUCGACAUCCUGCAGUCCUACAGGGUCAUCAAGAAACUGGAACACUCAUGGAAGUCUCUGAUUAGUAAUGACGGGGACACAGUGUCAGUCCACAGGCCUAGUUUCUAUGCAGACAGGUUCUACAAGUUCUGCAGCACAACUGUCUUCAGAAAGAGCUGCUCCCUGAGGUCUUCUCCCUCCAAGAGGGGGCGAGGAGGGGCUCUGCCCACACCCAAAAACAGUGUCCAAACACAGCUGUCCAUAGAGAGAGAGGAGAACCAGGAGAACGAGGAGCUGCACCUCAGAGCGGCUCGCGGCUCCCGCCUGCUGGAGGAGGACGGUCAGAGAGAGCACCCCCACACCCCUCCAUCUUUUGAGGAUGCGACCACAGCAUCCAUUGCGACCACUCUCUCCUCCAACAACUCUCUCCCUACCACACCGUUUGACACACCAGAACACCCACGCUUCAGGAGGCCAACUCACUCUCCACGGGACCGUGAAGACAGUUUCAGGUCACAGCUGGAAGUAGUGGAGGUGCACGAGCAAACUGUCACUGUGGCGGUGGAGGUGAAGAGGGAACCUACAACCAGUGUGGUUCCAGAGGACCUUCAGGACUCUAAAGUAACAGAGGAGAAAGUCAUCACACAGGCCACAGCUGCUGCCCACACCUCCACUACACCUCCUUCAACCCCUCCUUCCUCCUCCACCCCUCCAUCCUCCACCCCUCCCUCCUCAUUCCCUCCAGCGUCCACUCUCCCUCAUUCACUUCCUCCCUCAAUCUCUUCCUCCUCUGCCCCUCACUCUAACUCCACUCUGCCCUAUUCUUUCACUCGUCCUUCCUCCACCCCUCAGUCAUCAGCUGUCAUCGCCUCCACUCUUCCACCCUCUGCAGUCCCUCAAGACUCCGCCUCUCCCUCUUCCACCACUCAUGCAUCUACCCACCCCUCUUCCUCUCCCCAUUCUUCACUCCUUCCCACCACCCCUCCCUCCUCUCUCCCUCCGAGCCCCCAGGUGACAGCGGAACGCUAUUCGUCCAAUCAUCUGUCUGUCACCUCGUCCGUCAGCCACAACUCACUGGAGGGGGAGGUGCCAGUCUCUGACAUCUACUUCUAUGCUGAUGGGAGAUACUGGGUGUACUCCCCAAUUCUGGGUCGUAAGAAACUCAACUCAAGCUCAAGCUGCAAUAAUCAGGAGGACAGGAGCUGGAUGUACUCUCCGCUGCACUACGGCUCAGAGUCGAGACAUGGCUCUGAUGGGGAGAGCCAGACGUAAGUUGUGUGAAGUGUCCAAUGUAAGCAAAUCACUUGAGAGGAUUGAAGACUACUGACUGAAGCUGUGAUGCUUUACGAAGCCCCAUGAAUCUUCUACAGCGUUCUAUAACCCUUGUGGCCCAAGCUGCAUGUGAAGGCUAGUUUUACCCACUGGGAUGAAGAAGUACUCUGUGGGAAGACUUAUUGAAAUUAAAUGUUUCUACUUCGGCACCACUUUCCCCAACACACACGCACACACGCACGCACGCACGCACGCACGCACGCACACGCACACACACCUACACACACCUACACACACCUACACACACACACACACAACCACCAUUGCUUCCUAAAAAAGUAUGCAACAAUACUGAUUGAUUUGCCACAGAGUCAACUCAAAUAUAAAAGGAUGCAUAAUCAUCAAUGGGGGUAUUGUGAAUAAAACCAUAGUGCAACCAUUUCAAAUAUUAGCUAAGACAUCCCAGAGAGUGUGUCAUUCAGUUCUGUAGUUGUUCAUGUUUUACUUUUGUGACUUGUGCUUGUCUCAAAGCCAUGUGUUCAUGUAAUAUCUUGUAUGGAAUAGGAUUUAUUAUAUUGUAAUGUCAGGUUUUGGACUCCUAUGGUUAAAUGUGGAGAGUUUUUUUUUUAUUAAGCAAAACUUUUUUUCUCAGUUGUUGUAUAUAAUGUUUUACUGUGUCUGGUGGUGAUGGCUUUACAUUCAGCUCAAUUAUGUGUGGUGUGUUGUGAUUGGGCUACGCAAAAUAGCGCUGUUUUGCGUUCGCACAUUGUUCAUGAAAACAUUUUAUUGAACUUUUAGCACUUUAAGAAUGAACAUUCUGCAAAUGUUUUUUGAAUCCAUAAUAUAUUUUGUGAAUUGUAAAUAGUGUGAGUGAUAGUGAGCCAGAGAGUUAGAAAGUGAAAGAGGAUAUUGCACUUUGUCCUGGUCAAUAAUAUAAAAGGUCAAGGGUUAAAAAAGAUUCUAAAGCUGUUCCAGUCCAGGGAAGUAUUUAAUCAUCUCCAUCCUUCUAAAGGUGCAAUCUGUAACUUCUCAUUCCCCCUGCGGCAAGAAUCACAAUCUGUAACUUCUCAUCCCCCCUGCGGCAAGAAUCACAAUGCACCUUAAACAAAACACUAAGAAAACAUAUUUCGUAAGAUUUUACCAAUGAUAUAUACGACAUUCCACAUUCCACUCCCGAAAAGCGUUGAGCCGAAUUUACAGAUUGCAGAUUGUCCCUUGAAGACAAAUCACCACUGGCUGUUUGUGUAUAAAGUAUGUGGACAAGGAGUUAGAGUUUAUCAUCAUAUCAAAUAAAAUAAUAUAUUGUUUAAGAAGCAUUGAAUUUGUUGGAUUAUCUCAUUUCUCUCACAAACCCAUUUUGGUUACGAUUUUGUUUAACUUCUUAUGGAACAUAAUGGAUGCUAUUUAUUUAUUUAUUUAUUUGUGUACUGGUGCAAAUACUUGACAAAUCUGACUCAUAGAGCUGCUAUAAUGAACAGACCUGCAGAAGCUCAAGAGCAUUUCACUGGAAAACUGGAUGGAAAACUGGACAGAAAUCUUUGUUUUGUGUAGUUUUUGCCACUAGGUGGAAGCGUUAUCCCGCUUAGAAGACUUGAGCAUAUUGACAUAACUGUAACUAUUCUGAAAUUCAAUGCCAAUAUUUUCAUGCACAUUUGUUCCUCAUUUCCUUGGAGCUAAAAUA